AGACAUUUUUCACCACCCAAACCGGUACACAUGGUACUAGUUAAACGGAAACAAAACCCCCAAAAUUUCGGAUUAUAUUAGGCGGGAAAUUCAGAAAACGAAUCCAUCGAACGAGAUUGAAGAUGGAAGGCAGUGAGAGCGAGGCGAUUUUCGAUUCAUACAACCUGAACCCGCAGCUGUUCAUCAACGCUGCACUAAACAUCGUUGACGAAUUGAUCGAUAGCGCCUUCGGUUAUCUUCACCAAGAGGCGUCAACUCAACUCAAGGUCGAAGGUUCAGAUAGAGCCGAAGAACUAACCAAGGGUUUGGAUUAUAUCGGAAAUAUGAUCCGAUCAGCUCUGGACAAGCGGUUGACUAUGUGGGAGAAGUACUGCUUCCUUCGUGUUUUUGUGGUUCCAGAAGGAUUUUCACUUCCAAAAGAUGAUGAAGCAUCUGAUGGUGAUGCAAUGGAUAUUGAAGCUGUUGGUAACUCUGAUCUUGAUGCACAGUUGGAUUCCUUGAGAACAAAACUUAUGUUGGCUGAACGGGAGUCUGCUAAAUUGAAGAGAGAGAUACAGGCAUUGGAAAAACAGUCUGUUAUUAGUAACCACCAAGCAGCUUCAGUCAAUGAAUUAAUGAAGUUGUCUGAGCAAAUUUCUGAGGAUGAGGCAUUCAAAGAGUUGCAAAAUCUUGCAACAGAAUUACGUGCAAAAACCGAGAAGCUAAAGACAAAAGGAGCUGACAACGUUCUGCGUGCUAGGUUGGAGAGAUUUCGUUAUGGAGAUUUGUUGAAGAUUAUUGAUGGAAAUGGCCUCUCCAAUGCAAAGUCUGAAGAAAUUGAAGGGUUUCUUGUAGGUAUGAAACUGCUGUGAACUUCAGUUGCUCAAUGGGUUUGGUUGUGAAGAUUUUCAAGCCCAUUAUAUCCUAGUAAUUAGUAAGUAGUAAGAAUUCCCCUUCUUGUUUUAUAUAUGUAUAAACCCAAUCCAAGAUAUGCAAAUGAAUUUCCUGCUGUUUCACUAAGUUCAGAGAUAUGGUCUCUGGAUAUAGUUAGUAAUGGCAUGGGGUUGAUGAUUUAUGUAGUAGUUUAACUAAAAA